AUGGAGAACAGUACAAAUACUCCACGGGUCGGCCAACAUGGUGGCACCCCUUUCUUUCCUUUGCCCCCUUUGCCAAAACCGCCAACAUUACCAUGGUCUUUUGCUUGGGUGACAGGUGGGGUGCAAACGCUGGGUCGCCGUGGCGUCCUCCAACUCGACCUCUUCCGAGCCCGCAGUCUCGCUGAGCUCGUCGUCUUCUUCCCCUUCCCCUUCCUUCCCCACGACGGCCAUGCCGGCCAUGCCACCGUCCGCAACCUCGACGUCGCCGUCGGCACUGCAACUGAGCGGCCUGUCAGUGUCCUCGUCGACCAGUUUAUACGGCAACAACACGUGUUCACCAAUGCAGCUGCAGGCGUCGCCCAUGAACAUGAUGAUGCCCGUCCAGCUCCCGAUCCCGACCUGCCGUCCUUUCCCCUCACUUUGCCCAUGACGUCGCCGUCGCACGGCAUGGGUGGCGCCGGACGCGCCCACAGCGUCGACAGCGACGGGUCCAGCAUCUCCAACAGCAGUUCCAACAGUUCCGACCACACACAUCCGUGUGGGAACGGUGGCGUCGGUGUCACUUCGGCGCUGGACGCGGCCGCCUUGAGUGUCGUCGCUCGCAAGCUGCGUGCGCUGGCAGUACCGCAAGGACGACGAUAG